AUGGCAGAUAUUGAGAAGAAUUAUCUUCAAGUUCCGAAUGCUCAUUGGUGGGUUGCUGUAUCAACGGAUGACAAUCGUAUCGUAGGUCAAGUAGCACUCCAGCCUUUACGCCUUGGCAAUCCAUUUUACUAUCAGCAGUUGCCACCGGAAGAAAGAGAUCAAAUCUGUGAGUUACGAAGAAUGAGUGUAGCUCCCGAUGCUCAAAAAUAUGGCAUCGGUUCUCGUCUACUAACAACUUUAUUGGACUUUGCUCGUCAACAUGGUUAUCGGCAAGUGCAUUUGUCUACAU